AUGGAGUUUCUACCACACGAUGUGAUAGAGUAUCAUAUUCUGGAGAGACUUGAUGUGGAAACACUUCUCAGAUUCAAGUCUGUGUCGAAGCAAUGGAACUCUACAAUCCAAUCCCCCAACUUCAAAAAAAGACAACUCAUCUACCAUCGUAGGCAAUCACGACAAGAUCCAUAUGUCCUUUUGGUGUCCGUUCACGAUGGCUCUGCUCAUAAUUCAGUCUAUGAAGCUCUGAGAACGUUGCCGGUGGAUUCAUCAUCAUCAUCAUCAGUUUCUGCUCAGAUCCCAACUUGUUGGGAGAACAAGCUUUACCAAGUUUGCAAUACUAGCUGCGAUGGUCUGAUAUGCCUCUACGAUUUCGAUGAUAUGCCGAGUAUUGUGGUCAAUCCCGCCACUCGAUGGCAUCGGACUUUCCCUCCUUGUAACUAUCAACUAGUUGCUGCCGAGAGGAGUAAGAGAUACGCCGAAAAGAUUAAGAGAGGAGAAGAAGACGACGACGCCUACAACUAUCCAAUCCCUUCUCCUGGAUUUGGUAAAGACAAAAUCAAUGGCACAUACAAGUCAGUUUGGUUAUAUAACUCUGCUAAGUUAGGGGUUAACAACAACACUUCUACAUGUGAAGUUUUUGAUUUUGCAACCAACUCUUGGAGGUACCUUGUCCCUGCGUCUCCUUGUCUCAUUCUUCACACGCAAGCUCCUGUCUAUUUAGAUGGGUCACUGUAUUGGUUCACUGCCUCCUCCGACGAUGGUGAAUACUCCAACGAUGGUGAAACCAUGGUUUUGUCUUUAGAUCUUCACACGGAAACUUUCCAAAUCAUCGCUAAAGCUCCCUUUCUCCACGCCUCUGAUCUGAAGAUCAACAUGAGCAACCUGAAUGAUCGUUUGUGCGUAUCCGAGGAAAAGGGACUCAACCAAGUCAUAUGGUCAUUCGAUUCACACCACAAGACAUGGAAUCAAAUAUACUCCAUCGAUCUCACUAUAGCUUUUUCUUUGUGUGGGAGACCCAUGUUGGCACUCGUACCACUAGCGGUUUUGGACAAGGACAAGCUAUUGUUUUACUCUCGGGAAUUCGGGGAUGCAUUCGUAACACAUGAUCCCAUCACCAAGUCUUACGUUUUGGCGGCUCAAACACCUAAUCGUGAUGCAUACGCUGUUUACUAUUUCCCGAGUUUAAUAUCUAUUUUGUAA